AACGCGCUGCAGUCCAAGCACCGCUGCGGUGAGGGAGAAGCCCGUGCCAUUUGCGGUAAGGUGCAGGCCAAGCUGCUCAGGGAGUGUCACGAUCCCGCUCGGACGUGCAUCACCGACCUGCGGAUUUCGCACUGGGAGGAGGCGAUCCAAGAGACGAUCGGAGGGGAGGCGAACCGAAACCUGGCCGCCGAGUGCUAUUUCCUGUGGAAAACCACCCGCCUCCAGCACCUCACCCUGGCCGAGGACACGCGGGGCAUGCUCACCGAGCUGCGGAAAGGGGUCCGUUUGCUGCUUUUAACUAACGGCGACAGACAGACGCAGAGGGAGAAGAUUGAGGCGUGCGCCUGUCAGCCCUACUUCGAUGCCAUCGUCGUGGGGGGAGAGCAGAAAGAAGAGAAACCGGCGCCAUCCAUAUUUCAUUACUGUUGUGAUCUCCUGGGGGUGCAGCCCGCAGAGUGUGUUAUGGUUGGUGACUCUCUAGAUACAGAUAUUCAAGGAGGCCUGAAUGCUGGCUUGAAAGCAACUGUCUGGCUAAACAAAGCAGCGAUUACCCCAGUAGAUACCUCCCCAGUACCUCACUAUAUUAUUUCUUCUGUUCUGGAUCUUCCAGCAGUUUUACAGAAGAUGGAGCACAAAAUUAAUGCUAACUCAGGAACUGACCAUAUGGCUAGUAGUAAUGAAGCGCAUUGA